AUGACUGCUCCAUACUAUAUACUGGAACAAUUGUUUCGCACAAUUCAACUACAUCCACAAAAAGUGGCGGUAGCACUUGAUGAUCAAAUGUGGACGUACAGCGAAUUAGUGGAACAAAUCAAACGCACAACCUAUUAUCUGCAUCGUUCGAACUUUGUUCGAGGUCAGAUCGUUUAUCAGUUUGUCGAACGAAGUCUGGAAAUGGUUUCUGGGUUAUUUGGCAUUAUAUGCGCGGGUGGUGUGUACUGUCCAUUAAAUCCCACAGAUCCAUAUGAACGGAUUACUUCGAUUCUCGAACAAUUACGAGACGAGAUUCUUUCUCCAUUAUCGGAUGUAGAAGACAUAGAAGAGCUUCCAGAUUGCGAAGAACAAGGUGAUGCUCUUAUUAUUUGCACAUCUGGUACAACUGGUCGGCACAAAGCUGUAGUUCAUUCUUUUCGAAGCUUGUCAACUAGCAUUCGUGCUUUUAGUCAAUGGGACCUUCACGUGUACACUAGUCAAGAUCAGGUGCUACAGGUUGCGGCGUGUUCAUGGAUUUUACAUAUAUCCGAAAUCAUGUUACCACUAGUUGUUGGUGGCACACUUGUGUUGCUAAGACCGAAUGAUCAUUUAGAUAUGGACUAUUUUUCUCAAACUCUGAUACAACAACAAGUGACGACAAUUACAAUUGGUCCUGGGAUAACUCAAGCUCUCACCAAUUACUUUGAGAAAACCCAACGACUGGCUACUCUGCAGUUUGUACGCAAUGUGAUCAUAGGCGGCGAAGCCAUGAAGCCUCAACAACUAGUGAAGUUAGUCGGUGUGUUACAAUCGUUUGAUAUCAAAGUAUGUACCCAGUAUGGUAUGACUGAAUGUAAUGGGGCUCUGGGCGGUCGGUUACUUAGUUUCGAUGAUGGUUUUGUACCUAUGGGUUAUCCACUUCCUGGUUAUCGAUGUUUGCUCAUUGAUAAACAAGGGCAGACCAUAAACAGUACGAAUAGAUCCAGUAAAAUUGCUCAACUGCAUAUAGGAGGAUCAGCCCUAUUUAACCGUUACUACAAUGAUCCAGAGCGAACUGAUAAUAUGUUUGUUACUAUUGAUAACCAGAUUUAUAUGAAAACAGGUGACUUAGCUCGAUAUAACGAACGAGGCGAACUAGUACAUGCUGGACGUAUUGAUUUUCAAGUUAAAGUGCAUGGUCAAAGAGUGGAAACAAGCGAAAUUGAAAAUACAAUAAUCACUUGGUCUCCAGACAAGAUCUCUAACUGUCUUGUCACCAAAGCUCCACAGAACGAUGAUUUUCUUGUUGCCUAUGUAGUCUCGAAUGACUCACAGAUCGAUACAGAAGAACUUCGACAACACUGCAGCAAAUAUCUUCGGCAAUAUAUGGUUCCAUCUAUAUUUAUUGUAUUAGAAAAGCUGCCAUUGAAUGUCAAUGGAAAAAUCGAUCGUAAGAACCUUCCCAUACCAGACUUUUCAGUUCUCGCAACGGUUGCUAAUGAUCGCAGAUACAUAGAACCAAAGGGAAAAGUCGAAAUACUUGUGCAUUCGCUGUGGUCUGAAAUAUUGGGUCAUAGUCGAAUUUCGACAAUUGCAAACUUUUUUAGCAUUGGUGGUCAUUCUCUUCUAUUUAUUCGAAUCUAUCAACAUUAUCGAACGUUAUUUAAUUGCGAUAAGGAAACAAUAAAUAUUCGAACAUUCCUUGACCAUAAUACUAUAGCUGAACAUGCAAAACUACUAGAAAAUAUUAAGAUCAAUAAUAUACAAGCGAAACAAUGGCGCGCACUACAUAUUAGUCAAUGUAUUGCAUCAUAUGCUCAAGAACGCAUAUAUCUUGAUGAGAAAAUGCGUUUUCCUGGAAAAGUUGCCAUUUACAAUGAGCUGGAUGUUCUUCAGGUUACAAAAGGUUCAUUAUCAGCGGAUCGUUUAUUGCAAGCUCUUCGUUGUAUCCUAAGCAAACAUAAGAUAUUAAGAACUUCUCUAGUUUUCAACAACGAUGAUAGUACUUUAGAACAAUCUAUCACUGAUAAACAUCUGACAUUUGCAUUGGCUGCCGAUCAAACAUUCAAAGGUGAAACUGAUCUUCACAGUAUUAUUUUACAAACAAGUACUAAUCCUAAUUUGUUCGAUUUAUCAAGUGGUCGUGUUUUUUAUUGUCAAAUUCUCAGACAACACACGAUAUCGGAUGAAAAUAAUGAUAAAGAAAUUAUUACAAAUUCUGAUGUUCUCGUUAUCGGCUUUCAUCAUGUUGCAAUUGAUCAAUCAAGUGUCUCAAUUUUUCUAAAUGAUCUAUGUAAUACUUACAAUAGUAACAUGACAUGGAUAGAUGAUGAAGAAUCAUUACAAUAUAUUGAUUAUAGUGUUCAUGAGCGCCUAAUCGACACGACACCAUUGCGUGAGUUUUGGCGUUCUCAACUGAAUGGAUACAAUCAAGAAUGUCGAUUGUUACUACCAGUUGAUCGGCAUUUCUUAUAUAGUGAUCAACGAUCUGGAUAUGCUUCCAUUGCUCAUAUCUCAUUUGAUAAUGAGGUUUCGACAUCAUUUCUUGAUUGUGCAUCUUCCCAUCAAGUCACACCAUUUCAACUAUGUCUAGUUACAUUCUAUGCCUUUCUUUUCAAGCUAACAUAUAGACAAAAUGAUUUAUGUAUUUCUUGUCUCAAUGCUAAUCGAUACAGAGCUGAAUUACAGAAUAUGAUUGGAAUGUUUAUUUCAACAUUACCAUAUCGUAUUCAAGUUGAUUCUGACUGGUCAUUUGAUGAACUUGUCGAACAUGUGCGAGAAAAAUGUGUAUCAAUUCUUGAACAUUCUCAUUAUCCACUACAGCAUAUUCUUACAGACUCUCAACUGAAACAGUCAAACGUUCCAUUUCUUGAAACAGCGCUCAAUUUCAUCACUCUCUCCGAAAAGAGCCAAUGGUUUAUUGACACUGCAACGUUGGAACAAUUACCAAUGGAGCAAUCUUAUGGUGCUGCUAAAUUUGAUUUUGCGUUGACUAGUCUUUAUAAUCCAACAUCAGAUGAUAGUAAACUAUCAUUUUGUCUAACCUGCUCGCGUGAUCUAUUUGAUGAGACAACAGCUAUAAUCAUAGCUCAACGAUUAAAACAUCUUGUCAAUCUACUUUUUUCAUCGAAAUCAAUUUCCGAUGAAAUUAAUCCAGGUCUUACAUCAAUAUCAAAACUUAACUUGAUUUUACCGGCAGAAGCUCGAGAAAUUGAAGAUGUCAUCUUUUGUCGACAACAGAAUAUUGUCAAUGACGGUGAAUCUGUAUCAUCAGUUUUCAGCCAGGGACUGAUGCAGUUUGCUGCACAAUCCUGUCACAUUUGGAAUUCGUACGGUCCUGCGGAAGCCACACUUGGAACUACAUGUCACCUAAUUGAUGUAGUCUCUCACAUGUAUGAUCUUCCAAUUGGCAAACCACUGCCUCGUUACAUAUGCUUACCUCUAAACAGCUUUUUGCAAUCUGUUGUGAUUCAGGAAGAAGGAGAACUGUUAGUGGGAGGCGUGGGUGUGUUUGCUGGUUAUCUUGAUCGUAAUGACUUAACUGCAAAAGCUGUUCUUGAAGUAGAUGGUGAAUUGUUUUAUCGAACAGGUGAUCUUGUUACAAUCGAUAACAAUGGUCUUCUUCAUUAUCAAGGAAGAAAAGAUCAUCAAAUCAAAUUACAUGGGCAAAGAAUUGAACUUGGUGAAAUCGAACGAUGUCUCCUCAACAUCACAUCCACCUCUGCUUGUGUUGUUAUGAAAUGGAAUGAUGAUUAUUUAGUUGCUUAUGUUCAAAGUUGUAAUGUUAAUGAACAGGAAUUGCGUGAACAUUGUCAAUCUCAUCUUCCACCACAUAUGAUUCCAUCUCUCUUUAUCAUACUUGAUAAAUUACCUUUGAAUCAAAAUGGAAAAGUAGACAGAAAACAACUUCCUUCACCCGACUUUUCAUUAUCGACUUUAUUAUCAUCCGAUAAGUCUGAUACUCCUCUUAAUCAGUUCGAAGAACGUAUACACACUAUUUGGUGUGAAGUUCUUCAUUGUAAUGAAAAUUACAUUUCUAGAACUACCAGUUUUUUUAGUGUUGGUGGUCAUUCACUUUUAUUUAUUGAACUUUAUCAUCAUUAUCAAUCAGCAUUUAACUUUGAUACUCAUUCACUCUCAAUUGGUCCCUUUCUUCAGCAACCAACUAUUCGACAACAUGCACAACUACUUCUGACACUUCCAUCCAAUGAUACACAGACAACACGAUGGCACACACUACAUAUCAAUCAAGAUCCUUCUCAAGAUGUCAUUAACUUAUGUCAACGACUUUAUUCGACAGUUCCUCGACUUUCUUUCGUAGUAGCUGAUGCAACAAAACAUUUACUAUUUGAAAAUGAGUCAACUGAUACUAUUCUUUGUAUUCAAGCAACACAUACUUUUGGCGAACCAAUAGCAAUCACGCAGAUUGCCAAUGAAGUCGUUCGUAUACUUCGUCCAAAUGGAUACCUUCUAUGGUGUGAUUUUUGUUACAUAAAUGGAUCAGGUACAUCAGUUUAUGACCUGAUAGCAAGUGAUGAAUUAAUUAUUGAAGAAAAGAUUAAUGUUACAAAGAAUGUUCUUCAUGCACUUGACAUUCAAAAUCUAUCUCGUACUGAUUUCAUUCAACGUUAUAUUCAAUCUGAAGAACAAGAAUAUUUUCGUCGGUUUGCUGGAUUACCUGGUACUCAAAUUUAUGAAGACAUGAGACAAGGACGUUCACAAUAUUGGCGAGUUGUAUUUCGAAAGAAAACAAAAACAGAUAUAUCUGUCAUCUGA